CCACGAACACUGCUCAAAAACCCUUCUCAUGCAAUUGACGUACGUGUCUCACGACUGAGUGAUGGGGUUGGGUUUCGACUCGUCCAAAAAGAUGCGGAUCAUCAGGAAAUAGUACGGUUUCUUGCCGUCGUGGGUCAUCCAUGCGUGCGUGUCUGAUGGAUCGAUCAGAGAGACAAGGUACACAUCUACAGCCUGAGACAUUCCUUCAUGACGUUUCCUCACCGGCAUAGAAGCCAUGUUUUUGCAGCAGCUCGUUGGCCUGGGGCAGCCAUUCUCUGUCCAGCUCGUAUUUGGCCGUGUGGACGUCUGGGCACCCUGGCCCCCCGCAGUCGCACACCGUUUCCACGCCGUCGACCACUUUAUUGGCUUCUGGUAGGAGUUCCUUCUCGAAUCGUUGCCCCACCGGUCCCCAGGAGGGAUGCCUCACGCGAUAUGCUCGGUAGCAGCAACGGUGGACGUGGAACCUGGACACAAAGAGGAGAAUGAAAGAACACACACCCAAGUCGUAGGCCGUCAAACUCUCGGCGUCUCUGUCGGGGAAAAUUCUCUUGUAUACCUGUCAUGGCAGCAGCAUUUGGGGUUGGUGCCCAUUGCACCUCCCAGCCACGUAUCACAGCAGGGGUGGUCAUAGAUCUGCAUCGGAUGCACACACACACACACACACACACACACACACAGAGAGAGAGAGAGAGAGACCCUUCCCCUUGACCGGCUGGCAGCUGACCAACGUUGACUUACGUAUACGCCUGCAUGUGGCCCUUUGGGGCUCAACGGAAGGCAGCCAGGACCGCCGCCGCACGUGCAGCCGUUCGUACAACCCAUAGAACACCGUCACACACGUUCUCGAAGAACAGCCGAACGGGAGAUUCGCUGAAAGGGAAAAGUGGGUGACCCACAAGAGCGGACGAGGCAGCUUUUGAC